AUGAGGAAAACUCUUAUUUUCUUGAGUUUACUGUUAACAGUAACUCCAAACGCUUCGGCUAAAAACAAUCCAACCAAUGCACUCCACGUCAUCAUUGAAAAGUUUGAGUCCCUUUCCCGUAUCACCAAUGGACUGGCACUUCAAAAAGAACUCAACUCCAAAUCUCUGAAAAUCGAUCACCUGCUGGCUGAAAUCCUUGGAAUCAACCCGGAAAAUAAUGGAUUUGAGGAAUUAAGGAAGUUCAAAAUGGACGAUUUAUCUAAAAGAUCCCAACUGGAUGUUCUUGGAAAUAUGGAAAAAGAUUUGGAGGUGAUAAAAAGGGCAGAGACGCAGAAUGUGGAUGAGAUUGUGGAGAAAUUGAAAAAGGUUUUUGAAACCGAUAGCGAUAUUUUCUCUGGAGAUUUCCAAAAAUUUCCAUUGAAGUUUAAUAAGACAUUCACAAUUGAGGUCUUGACGCAAGAUGAUGAAAAAGAGUUGAUAAACAAUUUCUUAGACCUUAAGGCUGACGUGAAGUAUUUUCAAACCAGUAUCACUAGUUUGUUGAAAUACAAAGAGACUCUAAAAACUCUGUGGCCAGUCAUUGGAAUCUCAAAAGAACUUUCCUCGCUGGAAACUCUGAUAGAAGUCGCAAACGUCUACAAAGACUCUCAUGAAUCGCUGAACAAAUUGAAAAGUAGUAUGGAUUCCUUGAAUAAGGAUAUUCCAAUACUUGUCCCUUUCAUUGAACAGUCGUCUCAAAUGAAAAUUAUAGUUCGAGAUUUGAAUUUUUUGUUUCAAAAUCAUCAAAAAUCGGCACGUGGACAAAUAUCCGGAAGAACUUUGACAAGUGGUUUACCGCUUGGUUCAAGCGACAUUCAGAUGAUUUUCGAAGAUCUUCAAGGGACAUGGUUUAUUGAGAUGGUGGCAAGAAACAAUGAAACGAUGCUGAAAAAGAUGAAAAGUGAUCUGAACAAUCUUAGAAUUCUCGGUUCGAAAAUACUGCCCGCCGAAUCACUCUGGAAAGUUAUGAAAAGUGAAGCGGGCCUCAAGAAAGUUGAAGUAUUUCUGAAAAUUUGGGAAUCUGCUAUUUCGAAUUUGGUGGAUAUCACCACGGUUCAAGCAUUGAAAAAGUCAUCCGAAGGAGUUGGAAAAUGUCUUAAUGAUUUGUCUCCAGUUGUGUCCAAUUUAAACAUAACCGAAGUCAAACAGCUAUUUGAUGAAUUAAAGAGUAUUGAUGAAGCUGCAACCAUAAUUAGCGACUUGAUGCCAAAUUUCGAUAAGAUUGACGUUCUCAAGAAAACUGAAAUUUUCAAGGCACUUCGAAAGGAGUUGAUGAAAGUUGACCCAAAACAAAGCACUUCUUCAAUUCUUGACGCUGUUACUAAAAUAAAAGAAAAUCAAGAUUUUCGUGAUCUUUUAUCUGGAUCGCUUGAAGCGUAUGGUAAUAUGGUCAAAAUUCAGCAAACACGGAUCGAAGACUUGUUAAAUCGAAAAUGGGAAAACUGGGACACUCUGAGUAAAACACAAGAGAUCCUGAAGGGGACGAAUUUAAUCGAAACCCUCGAGUGCCUUCAACAGAAGAAAUUUGACGCCACUGGAGUUUCAAAACUACUAUCAUUUGGAUCCAUGAUUAGAUCGAUUGGCGAUGAAUACAAGAAAGAUAGGAGUAUGGAGACAUUUAUUGGGCAAAUGGGCCAGUUCCAAAAAAGUUUGAAAAACUUAAAAUCGAGCGUUCGUUCCAAAAGAUCACCUUCAAAUUCAACAGUUGAUUCUCUUCAAAACGGUCUAACAGUGUCCCAGGAUCUCUGUAAAGGAGUGGAUCUCCUUUGGAAAAUGGGAAAUCUCUAUGGAAAGAAAAAGGAUUUGGACAUGGUGGUGGCUGGCGGGAAAGAAGUUUUCCAAGAGAUUCAAAAUAUGAUCGCGUCUGUUGAUACUGAGAAAUUGGAGUCUGAAAUGAAGAAGACGUCAGGCGACCUAGAGAAAAUGAAUUCCAAUGCCAAGAUAAACCCAAAUCCAAGUCUUCAAGCCAUGGGAGAGUUCUGUGAAAAUGCCAGCACAAUCCACGGUGUAUCGAUUGAUUUCAAAUUGUUAACAGACCCAGUAGCAGUUUCAUUUGAGAAGUCGUCAAAUCCAAAGAUUCAAGGUGUAGCUGUUCCACUCAAAACCCUCGGAAGUCUUCAACUGGAUUUCUCAAAUGGAAGAUCUGAUUUCAAAUCUGCCCAAUUGAGUAUCUCCAAACUCCAGGAGUACUUUGAUCAAGUCUUUUCAAUUCAACGAAAGUCCCACAAUGCCGAAUCUGAGCCUUUUGACUUCAAGACCUACGGUAUGUAUGGAGGAACUGGUUUGGUUUUCAUAGCAAUUUUGAUUGGGUUAAUAUUCGUGGCAAAGUGGAUAAUGAAUGAUAGAAAGCGUACCGAUCCAAACUGCUAUAUUCAUCUCCUCGAUUCUGGAGAAGAAUCAGUGUUAACCACGGUAACAAUAAAUACACAAAUUUGGGACUUUCUUCCAAUUCAUCGAGCGAUUAAAGAUAGGAAUAUGGAGGCUUUGAAAAAAUGUGUUAGGAAUGGGGCGAAUGUUAAUGCCUAUGCUCGAACGGUCCCAGAACAACUCACACCACUACAUAUGGCAGUUAAACAGGAAGAAUGGAAAAUGGCGAAACUUCUUAUCAUGAAUGGAGCAGACAGAAAUCUUAGGGAUUGGUGUUAUUUGGCGCCGGAAGAGUGUAUCCAAGAAACAGACCACAAUAUGAAAAAGGUUUUCGAUCAGUUGAGAGGAAAAACCUUCCGUCGAAGAUUGCCAGAGCAAUUUCCAAAUUCGAAAUAUUUGAUUCGGGAUGUUGAAGACGAACGCUUUUUGAAACGAUUUCCAACGCAGAAUAUACAAAUGUACGGAGCAUCGGAGACGACAACACAUUUGGUAUGCUCGGUAGAUGAACCAAAUCCCAAUAGGAUGGAUUUUUCAAAUAUUAAUUUUUUCUUUGAUAACGUCAUAAUAAUGAAACCUUCCUGGGUAAUUGAUUGUGCGAAAUGGUGGCAUCCUUGGUUGACUGUUGACUACAAGUAUCGUGUGACAAGACUCAACCUCGAUGGAACAAUUUACGAGACACUUCUAAAAAUUCAUCAACAUCUUCAAGAACGACGUAUUCCAUUUCUGAAUGGAGUAAAAUUCUACUUGGUAGGAUUUGAACUUGAGACUUGUACGGGCCAGUUCUCAAGCAAAACGGUUUCGGAUGUUGCGAAAUUAUUAGGAGCCGAUGACGUUGUGAUGGGUCACCCGAAAGCAACGGACGCGGAUUUUCAAGGAGGGUGUGAUCAUCCACCCAAACCUUACUAUUUUGAUAACAUGGGACAUGCGUUCAUCAUUAUUCCAAUUCCUGAAUACCGCCCAACUACUGACAUCGAGGGAUGGAAUCCACAAUACUUUACGUGCAAUCGUUUUUCGGUAAUGGAUAUUAAUGAACUUGUCGAAUUCCUCUUCAAAUUCGAACCACAUCAUUAUAAAUUGUCUGGAAAAGAAGAUAAGACCACGUUCAAGAUUCAGCAACAUGGAACAUGGUGGACACCUCUACAUAUCGCAGUUGACAUGAAUUCUGAAGAAAUGCAGAAACUUUUGAUAAUGAAUGGAGCCGAUGUAAAUCUCAGAGAUAGUAGUUACAGAACACCGGAAGAAUGUCUCCUGUGUAUGACUGAUUCGAUGUUUAAAAAGUUUAAAGAAAAAACCUUCCGUCGAAGAUUGCCGAAACAAUUUGCGAAAUCGAAAUGGUUGAUUUAUUCUGAAGGGUUCUCGAAACGCAAACAUCGGACAGUGCAUAAGGCAGAAAUGGCGACACAUAUCAGUUUUUGGAACGAAGAAGAUAAUCAAGUACAGGAAAUUGUCAAUAUUGAUGACCUUAUUUCUAAGAAUCCGGACCGACUCAAGUUUUUUUUUCCAAUAAGUUUUGAAUUCAGUAGUUCAGAAAUUCAAAAAUUCGGAAAUUCAAAAAUUCGGAAAUUCAGAAAUUCAGAAUUUCAGAAUUUCAGAAUUUCAGAAAUUCAGAAAUUCAAAAAUUCAAAAAUUCAAAAAUUCGGAAAUUCAGAAAUUCAGAAAUUCAGAAAUUCAAAAAUUCAAAAAUUCAGAAAUUCAGAAAUUCAGAAAUUCCAAGAAACUCAGAAAUUCAGAAAUUCAAAAAUUCAAAAAUUCAGAAAUUCAGAAAUUCAGAAAUUCAUAAAUUCAGAAAUUCAGAAACUAUUGGGUAUUCAAAACUUAUUUUCUUACAGAAACGUAAUGAUCAUGAAACCCAGUUGGUCGAAAAACUGUAAAAAAUGGUGGCAUCGAUGGAUUGCUGCGGACUACAAACAUCGUGUGACAAAAGUCUGUGUCAAUGGAAAAAUCUACGAGACGGUAGCGAAAAUCUAUCAGCACACCCAAGAACGACGUAUUCCUUUUUUGUAUGGAGUCGCAGUCAAUCUGGGUGGUUUUUGCGACAAAACAGAAGGAUACAUACAGGCUGUUCUGGAACCGCUGGUGCGUGACUUGGGAGUUGAAAAUGUUGAUUGCGGAGGUUUACCAAACCCCGGCUGA